AUGGUGAGUGCUUUGGAUAUGGAGUUAGAGCAACUUGAUGUGAAAAUUGCAUUCUUACGUGGGAAUUUAGAGGAGCAAAUUUACAUGUCACAACCAGAUGGAUUCCUUGAGGAAUUUAAUAAUUGUGUUUAUAGUAGGAAGUUGUCGGAUGGUUCCUCUAUAUAUUUGUUGCUAUAUAUGGAUGACAUGUUAAUUGCAGCUAAGAGCAAGAUUGAUAUUGAUGCUCUUAAAGCUAUGUUGAGUAGUGAGUUUGAAAUGAAGGAUUUGGGUGUUUCCAAGAAGAUUUUAGGGAUGGAGAUUUGGAGAGAUAGGAAUGCAAGUCUACUUUGUGUAUCUCAGAAGAAAUACAUUGAAAAUUUGUUGCAGUCUUUUCAAAUGGAGAAUUCUAAGCCUGAUAGACUUGAACGUACCAAGAGAGUGACACGUAGAGAUACACCUAGUGUUUAUGAAGUCUUGGUAGCAGACAUCAAUGCCUUGGAAUCCAGAAUUAUAAAGCUAAAUGGAAAUAUUGCUAGUAUUAAACGGAAGCACAAUCCUGAUAGAAAAUCAUUGCCAAAGACAAGUACACUAAGAUGUUCCAAAUGUGAAGGUUAUGGGCAUGAAACUCAUCAAUGUCCUAAUAGGGAUGCAAGUCCCAUGACUCAUGAAGAUCUCAAUAACUACAUUUCAUACUUGAGAGAGGAGGAAGUAAAGACAAUGCAAAAAUUAGAUGUGUUGAAAAGAAGAUUUGGCUCAUGUGAGAAUGUGGUUAAUAGAUUUAUGGGUAAUCUUGGGAAGGCUUGCUGGGAGGUUGUGAAGUGGAUUAUGCGAUUUUUGAAAGAUUAUGACUAUGGUGGAGAUCUUGUGAAAAGAAGAUCUUUGACAUGUUAUAUCUUCGCUCUUUACGGUUGUGCUAUUAGUUGGAAAGCAACACUUCAACUUAUUAUUGAUUUGUCUAGCACUGAAGCGGAAUACAUGUCCUUGACAGAAUGGGUCAAAUAA